UUAAAAUGGUUAAAAUAGUAGAUGUUAUGUAUGUGUAUUUUACUGCCAUUUUUUAAAAAAAGUGCUUGAAGAUUGUAAUAAAUUCAUGCAACGUGUAAUGCCACUAGCAUGCAGUAGGGGGCAAAGGAGCUUAAGCUUCACUGAAAAGCUUGAUUCAAGCACUCCUGCAGCCAGUUCUGGUCCAGCCAACAAAUCAUCCACACCUGCAGCUUUGCUAGAGCCGCUGCAAGCCAGGGGUGCUUGAGGGUUUGGAUUUUCUUUCACUGGUCGCUGAUUAAACCUGGUCAGUUCUUCUACUCAGAAUGGAUGAUCCCAUCCUUGUGUGAUCCAGAUUGCUGUUGCCACCAAUCUGAAGACAUAUGGAACCAUAAGGACAGGAACCAUUCUGUUUAUUUCUGUUUUAGACCUUCCAUGUGUAUGGGUAAGCAUUGUUGAAAAUCAGAUAUUAGCUCAAAGGACUCUCCAUGUCCACAAAUGUAAAAGUUGAGGAACAAUUCCUUGACGUUAAUUCAGGAGCUCAUAGUAUUUGGUAAUAAAAAAGUACCUUCAUUGAGAGUUUAAAUCUUGCACAAAAACUGCACAUAGAUGUUUAUAGCUGCUGUAUUCAUAAUUGCCAAAACUUGGAAGAAACCAACAUGUCCUUCAGUAGGUGAAUGGAUAAACAAACUAUGGUACAUCCAGAUAAUGGAAUACUAUCCUGUGCUAAAAGGAAACAAACUAUCAAACUAUGCAAAGAAUGGAGGAACUUUAAAUGCAUACUAGUAAGUAAAAUAAGCCAAUCUGAAAAAGCUAUAUACUGUAUGUUUCCAGCCAAAUGACAGUCUGAAAAGGACAAAACUAUGGAGACAAUAAAAAUAUCAAUGGUUCUAAAGGGUUGUGGAGUACAAGGAAGAUGAAUAGGCAGAGCAUAGAGGAUUUUUAGGGCAAUGAAUGUAUGCAUAAUGAUGAAUGCAUGCCACUAUAUGUUUGUCCAAACUCAUAGAAUGUCCAACACCAAGAGUCAACAAUAAUGUCAAUUGUGGACUUUGAGUGAUUAUACUGUGUCAAUGUAGGUCCAUCGAUUGUAACAAGUGUGCCAUACUGAUGGAGGAUGUUGCUAACUGGGGAGGCCAUGCAGGUGUGGGGUUGGGGGGGAUAUGGAAAAAUUUCUAUACUUUCUCCUCAAUCUUUCUGUGAGCCUUAAACUUCUCUAAAAAAAUAAAAUCUUAAAAUUUUUCACUUUCAAUUUUCUUAAAGCCUUCAGGCUAUCCAAAUGGGAUGCAAGGGAGUGUUGAAUAUGGCCUGGCAAUGAAAUUCCGAAGUUGAACUGGGAGAAAGGCACUUCUGCCAACUAUUAUAUGUAUCCCUUCUGGGAAUUCUGACUUGCCUCAGUGAUGGGGAUAUGCACAGCAACUGGCUUGGGAAUCUGUAAGCCAAACUCUCAGAUCAUGUCACGAUCUCAGAUCAUGUCAAAGACUCAAUAUACAGGAUUUGAACUCAUCUUCAUCAUCCGUAUGAAGGAACCAAGUGAUUGAAUCCUUGGAAUUACAAUGACACUUAUCAGAAGCAUUUAUGUAUUUUGUAGUAUUGUUAUGUCAGUGCUGGGCUACGCGUCAAAGCCGCCAGAAGACAGGGAAUUGACAACCAACUGCUCCAACAUGUCCCUAAGAAAGGUUCCUGCAGACUUGACCCCAACCACAACCACACUGGAUUUAUCCUACAACCUCCUUUCUCAGCUUCAGAGUUCAGAUUUUAGUUCUGUCUCUAAACUGAAAGUUUUGAUUCUAUGCCAUAACAGAAUCCAAGAGCUGGAUAUCAAGACCUUUGAAUUCAACAGAGAGUUAAGAUAUUUAGAUUUGUCUUACAACAGAUUGAAGAUUGUAACUUGGUAUUCACUGGCAGGUCUCAGACAUUUAGAUCUUUCUUUCAAUGACUUUGACAGUGUGCCUAUCCAUGAGGAGUCUGGCAACAUGUCACAUUUGGAAAUCCUGGGUUUGAGUGGGGCAAAAAUACGAAAAUCAGAUUUCCAGAAAAUUUCUCAUUUGCAUCUAAAUACAGUCUUCUUAGGAUUAAGAAGUCUUUCUUAUUAUGAAGAAGGUAGCCUGCCCAUCUUAAACACAACAAAACUUCAUAUUGUUUUACCAAUGAACACAAAUUUCUGGGUUCUUUUGCGUGAUGGAAUCAAGACUUCAAAAAUACUAGAAAUGACAAACAUAGACGGCAAAAGCCAAUUUUCAAGUUAUGAAACUCAACAAAAUCUUACUUUAGCGAAUUCCAAGACAUCUAUUUUAUUGCUUAAUAAAGUUGAUUUACUCUGGGACGACCUUCUCCUCAUCUUCCAGUUUGUUUGGCAUACAUCAGUAGAAUGCUUCCAAGUCCAACAUGUGACUUUUGGAGGCAAGGUUUAUCUUGACCAUAAUUCAUUUGAUUACUCAAAUACUGCAAUGAGAACUAUAAAAUUGGAGCACAUACAGUUCAGAAUUUUUUAUAUUCCACAGGAAAGGGUCUACUUGCUUUUUACCAAAAUGGAUAUAGAAAACCUGACUAUAUCAGAUGCACAAAUGCCACACAUGCGGUUUCCUGAUUAUCCUACAAGAUUCAAACAUUUAAAUUUUGCUGAUAAUAUCUUAACAGAUGACCUGUUUAAGCAACCUAUCCAAUUGCCUCAUUUGAAAACUUUAAUUUUGAAGGGCAAUAAAUUGGAGACACUUUCUUUAGUGAGUUUCUUUGCCAACAACACAUCCUUGAAGCACUUAGAUCUCAGCCAGAAUCUGUUACAAUAUGAAAAUGAUGAAAAUUGCUUUUGGCCAGAAACCUUGAUCACUAUGAACCUGUCAUCCAACAAAUUUGCUGAUUCUGUUUUCAGGUGCUUGCCCAGAAGUAUUCAAAUACUUGACCUGAAUAAUAACAAAAUUCAAACUGUCCCUAAAGAGAUUAUUCAUCUGAAGUCUUUGCGAGAACUAAAUCUCGCAUUUAACUUUCUAACUGAUCUUCCUGGGUGCAGUCAUUUCAGAAAACUCUCAAUUCUGAACAUUGAAAUGAACUUAAUUCUCAGCCCAUCUCUGGCUUUUUUCCAGAGCUGUCAGGAAGUUAAGACUCUGAAUGCAGGAAGAAACCCAUUCCGGUGUACCUGUGAAUUAAGAGAUUUCAUUCAGCUGGAAAAAUAUUCACAAGGCAUGAUGAUUGGAUGGUCAGAUUCAUAUAUCUGUGAAUACCCUUUGAAUCUAAAGGGGACUCGGUUAAAGGAUGUUCAUCUUCCUGAAUUAUCUUGCAACACAGCUCUGUUGAUUGUCACCAUUGUGGUUAUCAUGCUAGUUCUGGGGACGGCUAUGGCCUUCUGCUGCCUCUACUUUGAUCUGCCCUGGUAUCUCAGGAUGCUAGGUCAGUGGACACAGACAUUGCAGAGGAUUAGGAAGACAACCCAAGAACAACUCAAGAGAAAUGUCCAGUUCUAUGUGUUUAUUUCAUACAAUAAACAUGAUUCUACCUGGGUGAAGCAUGAAUUAAUUCCCAAUCUAGAGAAAGAAGAGAACUUGAUUUGCCUUCAUGAAGGAAACUUUGAUCCUGGUAAGAGCAUUACUGAAAAUAUCACGAACUGCAUUGAGAAAAGCUGUAAGUCCAUCUUUGUUUUGUCUCCCAACUUUGUCCAGAGUGAGUGGUGCCAUUAUGAACUUUACUUUGCCCACCAAAAUCUCUUCCAUGAAAAUUCUGAUUACAUAAUUUUUAUCUUGCUAGAACACAUUCCACUCUACUGUGUUCCUACCAGGUAUCCUAAGCUGAAAGCUCUUAUGGAAAAGAAAGCAUACUUGGAAUGGCCCAAAGAUAGGCGUAAAUGUGGACUUUUUUGGGCAAAACUUAGAGCUUCUAUUAAUGUUAAUUUAUUAGAAACCAGAGAGAUGUGUGAACUACAGACAUUUGUGGAGCUGAAUGAAGAGUCUCAAGGUUCUGUAAUCUCUCUGAUAAGAACAGACUGCCUAUAAAAAUCCUCCCUUCCCGUAGGGAAAUGGGCCUUGCAUACACCUUGGGGAUAGAAAUUGAUACAGCCUUUAUGAUGGUUAUUUGGCAAUAUCAUUUAAAUGAAAAAUGACUACUUUUAUGUCACUUCCUCGAAGGAUUUCUAAGAAUGUAUCCUACAGAAAUACAAAUUUGCAAAGGCUUCUAUAAAACGGUGUUCAUCCCAGAAUAUUUGUAAUACUGAAAAAUUGAAAACAGCUCAUGUUUCCACAGAAUAAAAACGAAUUCAAUAAAUUAUAGUUCAUUAAUGCGAUAAAAUGUUACACAGCCAUUAAAAAGAAUGAGGUAGUUCUAUAUUUACUGGUAUGGAGAAAAUUAUAUUAAUAUGGUGGUUUAUAUAUUGAAAUAAAAGUCUAAAUGAAUCUAUAUUCAGUACUUUGGCAUACUUUGGUAUACUUUGGCAAUUUCACUUUGGUAUAGUAACAGUGGUUUAGGCCUGGGAGGUUAUAUUACAGAAAACUUUUGGUUUCUAUGUUGUAUAUUUCCAUAAUGUUGGAGUUGCUUAAGUGAAUCUAUAUUUCUUUAUUAGGUAGAAAAAACAAGAAAGAUAAUGUUUAAAGCCUAUGCAUCCUACUCAUUUUGCUUGAUUCUUCCUUUCUAGUCUCCCCAGUCAUAGAAAGAAAACAAGCUUUUCUAAAUUUUGCAAAAUUAUAUUUCAAAAAAUGUUACCUCCUUCAUUAGAAAAAUUUCUGUGACUUACCCACCUGAUAAAGGAAGAAAAUGGCCAUGCUUAAGAUCUGACACCAAUCUCCUGUUACCUUCCUGCCUCCUAUCAUUGAGCCGUAUCAAGUUAUUGGCCCUUUUCCAGAACAUUCAGUCUCUUUCUCUGCCCCCAGACCUUAACAUAUUGCAUGACUGACUGUACAAUCCAAAUGUCAACUUUUUUUUUGAAAACUUCCUCACUUCUAAGUAUGAUGCCCCUUGAUUCUCCAUAACACUUCAAAUAUAUUUCUAUCACAAACUGAUCAUACAUAUUUUUAAAGUUUCCCAUUCUCAUUAGAGUAUGAGCUCCUCAAAGGCAAGGACAGACUUCCCUCUGCUCUUAUAUCAACAGGUGUUUACUCAGUCCCUGGUUCAGAGAAGGUGUCAAUAAGUGUUUAUGGAAUGGAUGCCAGGUAAGCUAGAGGAACUUAGCAGGGACU